UUGUCAAAACGUCGCUGUAUACAAACAACUAUGCUGGCACGGAUUGUUCUUGUACUUUGUUUGGCAGGCUUGGCACAAACGGCUGCAAUGCCUUUUGGCUUAUCUGGCUUUAACGAUAUAGACUCACAAUGCUUUAUAUACUCUAAUGGUAUGUGUCCCAGAGAGUAUAACCCUGUGUGUGGUACAGAUGGAGUCACAUACUCAAAUCGUUGUAUGCUGUGUUGGGAAAUUUUUAUGGGAAACUUCAACUUACAAAUCUCCAAAAUGGGUGAAUGCUGAGCCAUAUCCACUCAUUUUUUUUUUUUUUGUUUGUUUGUUUUUGAGAUGUGGAAUAAAGGCUGGAACCAAGUUUUGUUCGUGAAUAGUUUCAUUGACAAAAUUAAGAAUUUGUUCCUUUUUAAAGUA